GGGCUCGAGGGGGCGGUGAUGUGCUGUCAGCGAUCAUUUUGGAAAUACGAAGUCAUGCAUGGUUGAAGUUAGCUAAUGGUUCAUCCUGUUCGCUCGUGUCGCGCUUUAGAAAAAACAGCGUCAGUGAAACACCUGCGGAGCUCGGCAGGUGACCUUUGGUUUGUCGUCGCCGUGUCGGUGUGUGAGAGAACCGGGGAGGAGCGGAGAGGAGGGACGGUAAGGCUAGUUUUAGCUCAGUAACUAACGGCGGCCAUCAGGAGGAGGAGGAGGAAGAAGAAGAAGUGUCACCGCUCACACCAGCUCUCUGUACGGGGACGAGGAGAGCCUGUCUACGGUCAUGGCUGCCCUCAGUAACUCGGCGGCCACCUCCAGUCCCAUGGUGAUCCUGGCGCCCAAGACUAAAACGAAAAAGAAACAUUUCGUCCAGCAGAAGGUGAAAGUGUUUCGAGCCAGCGACCCCGUCCUCAGCGUCUUUAUGUGGGGCGUCAAUCACUCGAUCAACGAUCUCAACCAGGUGCCUGUUCCCGUCAUGUUGCUGCCUGACGACUUCAAAGCAAACACCAAGAUCAAAGUGAACAACCACCUCUUCAACAAAGAAAAUCUCCCAGGACAUUUCAAGUUUAAAGAAUACUGUCCUCAGGUCUUCCGAAAUCUAAGGGAGCGCUUCGGUAUCGAGGAUCUGGACUAUCAGGUGUCGUUGACCCGCAGCCCACCGAUGAGGAGCGUAGAAGACCAGGGAGAGGGUCUGCUCCUCAACUCCUACGACCGUACGCUGGUCGUCAAGCAAAUCUCCAGCGAGGACGUCGCAGACAUGCACAGCAUCCUGUCUGAGUAUCAUCAGCACAUAGUGAAAUGUCACGGCAGCACCCUGCUGCCUCAGUUCCUGGGCAUGUACCGGGUCAGCGUGGAGAGCGAGGAGACGUACCUGAUCGUCAUGAGGAACAUGUUCAGCCACAGACUGGUGGUACACAGGAAGUACGACCUGAAGGGCUCUCUGGUGGCUCGUGAAGCAAGUGACAAAGAAAGGGGGAAAGAGCUUCCCACCUUCAAAGACAUGGACUUCAGGAACAACAUGCAGAAGGUGUACGUGACCGAGGAGCAGAAGGAGAAGUUCAUGGAGAAACUCAACAGAGACGUGGAGUUCCUGGUGAAGCUGAAGAUCAUGGACUACAGCCUGCUGCUGGGUAUCCACGACGUGGGCCGAGCCGAACGGGAGGAGGAGGAAGGCGAGGAGGUUUCCAACGAGGAAGAACAGGAGGCGGAGAACGGCCUGGCAGCGGGUCCGACGGUGGGCUCUUACGGCACCUCUCCGGAGGGAAUCGCCGGUUACAUGUCCUGCUGCAAACCUCUGGGGCCCGGGGAGUUCGACCCCUACGUGGACGUGUACGCGGUCGGGAGCUGCCCAGGAGCCCCUCAGAGGGAGGUCUACUUCAUGGGCCUGAUUGACGUACUUACUCAGUACGACACCAAGAAGAAAGCCGCUCACGCAGCAAAAACUGUCAAACACGGGGCUGGCGCCGAAAUCUCCACAGUCCACCCCGAGCAGUACGCCAAACGAUUCCGCGACUUCAUCUCAAACAUUUUUGCAUAACACUCGGCUUAUGAACACUCCCACAAGUCGAUCCAACUUACUGAGAGCUGAAAGCCUAUUUUACCAUUGACCAAAAAUAGUAUGCACAUGCAGAUCAUAUAAAAAAAAAAAUUUUUGGUGAUCUGAGGCGAGACGACUGACGCUGUAGCAAUAUAAUGUACUACUUCUGAUGCAUAUAUUUAUUUUUAAGAAUUAAGGUGUAUUUCUUGUAGAUAUUAAGCACUCUUAACGGAAUAACUCGGGAGCGAUGGGGUACUUGGAAACAAACUGCUGUUGAUCAGUGUUCAAAGUGUUAGACCAGAUCAGUGCUAGAUCAAAUAUCAUUAUUUUUCUUUCUUUUUUUUUUUUCCUUAAAUGAGGAGUUUAACAUUUUGGGAAGUAGGUUUUAUC